CGGCGCUUCACUUAACGUCAAGGUCAUCUCCGGCACUAAUUUAAGUACCUCGGCCUGAUGAAACGUCUUGGAAAAAACAAAAAGAGGCGAUGGCAAUAUUGCUACAAGGAUAUCGAUUCCAAAAUCCAAGACGCAGUUAAUCACAAAAGAAUAAUUGACCACGACUUUGCACAAGUGUCAACACUAAGCAAAAAAAACGAUAUCGUAAAGGGGGAUAAGAAUUCAGCGAAACCUUUCAACGAUAUCCCUAGCGCAUGCGAUCGAAGGUUGCAUACCUCGCUGCCAAAAUUGGAAAAGAGAAAACUUGCUGAAAUUGAUAUUUGGAAAGGUUGUCCAGUUUAUGUUCGUACUUAUAAAUAUUCAGAUGUACCGGCUCCAAUGUCUUCUGGUAAAGGGUCCCCUGGAAAAUACGCAGUCGAUAAAGACCCAGGAAACCAUUCACUACCUUGUCCAGGACAAUCAUACAAUCCUAGUUUGCACGACCACUUAUCCCUCAUUUCACGACUAAAAACUAUCGAGUCUGCAAAACGGAAACGAGAGCUUAAAACAGAGCGCUUUGUUAGCAGCCUAAGAGGUGUUAAAUCGCCACCAAACCCUCUUAAAGAUAUGGAAAAGUUCCUCCAUUCAUUAAAUACUGAGUCAAAUGUCACAAAAAAUAACGAAGAAGUUGAUGAGGUUUUACUGCCUCGCAAGAAGCCUAAAAAAGUGGACGCUCAAAAAAAAAGGAAAAACGAUCUUGAAAAUUUACCUAAGUUGCUUAAGGAAAUCAAACGUGAAAAGAAAACCAGGGAAAGGCGGAAGUUAGCAGCCAAAGCUAAAAAUGAGACUCGUGAUAAACUGAAAAAAGUUGAUUUGAAUAUCCCGUUUCAAUUACCAAAUGAGAUAUCGUCAUCAUUAAGAAAGUUGUGUCCGGAAGGCCAUUUAUUUCAUGAGGUUGAACGUCAGCGAAACAGAUGUCCACGUGCUCGAAAAACGUUGGGUAGCAAACGCAAAAGCACACCAUUUGAACGCAAGCGCUAAGUAAACAUACCAAUGUAAUCAUCUAGAUUGCUUGUAAAUAUCUGUAUUGUCCUAUCCAGCGAAACCGGUGUUUUUUAUUUACUGUGAAAUGCAUUAACUGUAUUUCACGGUAUUCAGUAGACCAGAAAUUGCUAAACAUACAAACCUGUUGUAAGUGUUCACCGUUCCUUGGAUAUAUGUUAGUUUUU